AUCCUAAAGAAUCCUCGAAUUCUCGAACACCUGCGACAAUAUUCAACAUACUAUCAAAUGGAAGCCAUCGGCCUUGGUGUUGGAGUAGCCGGUCUAGCAGGCCUCUUUUCGUCCUGCAUAGAGUGUUUUGAGCUCGUUCAGCGCGGCCGCUACCUUGGUCAAGAAUACACCAUUUUGGAAACGAAAUUCACCAACCAAAGACUGCGCUUGCUGACAUGGGGUUGGGCAUGCGGGUUUGCGGACCCAGAGAGAUACGACAACAGACUAGAAGAUGAAGAACUUCGAUCCUGCAUCGAGGCAACGCUUCUUCAUCUGAUCAGUCUUCUAAACAACGGUAAAGAGCUGAAGAACAAAUAUGGUCUCAAGCAGGAGCAGACAGGGCAUCACGUGCUUGCAGUGGCGUCAUCAGCUCUGGAUACCCUGAUCGGCAGGAGCCUUCCAAGCACCACCACCAUCCUGGGCCAGAAACUUCACGACUUCAGAGACAAAAUCGUUCGAACUCAGAAGGGUACAAAGUUCACAAGCGCAAUGCGAUGGGCCAUCGAAGAUAAACAAAAGUUCACAGAACUAGUCCAGCAUCUCAAAGACCUCAUCGACGAUCUUGAAGGUCUGACGAAGUGGCUAGACACGGCAGAAAGACAGAGAAAUAUGCUGAAGUGCGAGGUGCAGUCAAUCUCAGACGUUUCCGUACUCGAGAGUAUGGAAGAAGCACGGCUGGGGAGGAUCGACGCAGUCUCUGAUGCCGCAAGCCUCAGGCUAUGGGAGCUCCGAGACUAUCAGCGCCUAGAGAUCGAACGACCAAACACUCCCAGGCAUCCGAGUGAAUCCUCCCAAAACUCAAUACAUUCACUGGAAGCUGAAUGGGAAGACGUGGCUGAUGAUACCCACAACGGACCUGAAAUUGCUACUGAUACACGCUACCAAGUUCUGCAUAGGGUGUUUUGUCAGCAUGAGGCGACAUCCAUCUAUCUGGACCCUCCCAGCUACAAUAUUUGGAAUGGUGGCUAUAAUCAGUGGUUAGCACUGGAUACUGAACACCCUGCACACGAGCCUACAGCAAUACAUCUUUGCGGUCGGAGGACGGUACCCAACCUGGACGCCUACUUGAUUCAGAACUGGCAGCUAUCGUUUGUUGUAUUCAGAAAUUACAAGUGUCUGCAUGAAUUUGAUCGAUGCGAAGCCUCGGACGGUCCAAACUUCGAUCAGACAGUUUACUUGUCAUCAGAGGAGAUGUGCACUUCCCUACGGGAGUUGUGCCAAAGAGUCACAGAUAUAUCGAAACUUCCGGAAUUCUGCCCCGGUGCAGAACUUCGGGCCCCUUAUCUCUGGUAUUACCAUUCAAGAGAGUCGCUAGAAAUCGAGUUGAAAGGCACAGUCGCACAAUCACGGCAUAGUCACGAUGUCCAAACGUUGCUAGACUUCAUCUCGGACUCCAUGGGUGAUGAAUACACCGCAGUAGAGUCGCUGUUAUCAACAAAGAUGAUCUCUUGGAAAUUUUUGCCUUAUCUGUUUGCAAGCGAAGAAUUGGUCAUUCACACACAGAACAAAAGCAAAGACUACUGGCAAGCACAUGAGAUGAUAGAUAUGCCUACUGUAAAUGACGCCGACGAAAAUUCGACUCGUCUCCAGGUAAAAGUUCGUUCUUGGGCCUUUGAUGGCAAUUUCCAGAGAUUAAACUCGACAUUGGAAAUUCAUCAAUCGCAUUUUGGUGAAUCUGGAUCACCCAUGCCCAUCUCAUCUCUAUCAGUAGUGCCUUUCACACACGCCGAGCACUGCUCCCGCGAAUACUUUGAAAUCAGAGGGGGCAAGUUCUGGAGCUAUCGGCAUACGCGUUAUGUAACAUACAACGAGUCCACUGCAGACUUGGAAGAUUUCGCUGCUGAACGAUUCAUGAUUAAUGCUUCCCAGUAUCAUGCCAUAUACUCCUCUGAUGAUGACGCAUCUACCAACAGCCAUCGCCUAGAUGACGAUCUUGGCAGAGAGGCGAUGGUGUCCGAUCGACCCCCCGCUGGCAACUUUCUUCUUCUAUUACCACCUACAAUCCCCGGUUUGAAUAUUCAAAAACUUCAAUGGCAAGCGUUGUUGAUCUCCAAGACUGCUCCCGUGGUCUGGAACAAGAAGGCACUUGACCGUCUCGUCUUGGAUCAAGACAAGAAAAAUCUCUUAACCAUGCUAUUGACAUCAACUACCACCAUCGGUGAUAUCAAAAGUCGAAACGGUGUUGAAAAAGAUAAUCUGGUCGUACUUUUCCACGGAGGUCCAGGAACAGGAAAGAGUUUUACCGCAAAAGCCUUCGCUGAAGUUGCUGAGAAAGCGUUGUACCAAUACUCCUGCAGUGAUAUCGGUACUGACGUGAAAGAUGUCCGGGUUCGCCUUAGGGAUUUAAUCGGUCUCGAAAAUAGCUGGAACUGCGUAGCUCUUCUUCGGGAUGCAGACGUGUUAGUUUCCCGACGAACACUUGAAAAUACUGUACACAACACAUUCGUCACCCAAUUAAUCGAUUUUCUCGAUCACUUCAGUGGGAUUCUAUUCCUUACCACCAAUCAGGUCGGCACGUUCGAUGAGGCUUUCAUGUCACGCGUCAAAUUCUCUGUACAUUUUCCUUCUCUGGAUAGCAGCGGUCGUAAGGAGAUAUGGCGUAACUUCAUCCAAGACCAAGAUCUAGAUACUAGAGAUGAUCUUGGGGGUACUUCUGAAUUGGAAGAUAGAGCCAGUGAGCUCGCAAAAGAUGAACUCAAUGGCAUGCAGAUCAAGCACUGUUUCCGAGCAGCAGUAAAGAUAGCACGGUCCAGAGGCGAGAAGUUGCAUAUGGAACAUUUUCGCAUGGCCAAGAAAACUUUUGUCGAGUUCAACGAUUACAUCGAGUCCGUGCGACGCGCGAAACCGAGCCAGUUGGCUAGCCGGUCACAAACCAGGGAUGAUGAAUGGUCGUACCGAAAAUCAAAGAUGGAACAGCAAGACAACCCAGAAGAAACUUCACGAAUAGAAGCCGUUUCCAGUUCUUAA